AUGGAUGACCUUUCUGAUCUUGAGCUGGCGGGCCUCGUGGUUUCCGAGGUAGAGAUUCAUCUUGGAGUUGUUGACAAGAACCUUGCUGACCUCAUUAUCGCCCAACGAGUUGCUUCCGAUACAUUCGAGAUCUUCCAGCAGAAGAUGGGAAGCAUGGCCGGCGUUUCCCUCCCUGUCAGCUUGCUCAAGAGCGUCGAUCGGCUUCUUCGAAUGAUGCAUCCAUCAAUAAAGGCAAAGAACACACAUGCCUACCACGGACCCGGCACACAGCGCGGCGUCGAGCAACCCCACGUCCGAUCCCAAGCCUACAUCGAAGCCCAGGCCCAAUCCCGCCCUUCUCUGCCCGGUCAGGCGGCGAAUCAGGCCCCAGUCCAGGAUCUCAUCAACAACCCGCGGAAACGCGGGCGCAGCCGCAGUCGAAGCAAUAGCCCCAACACGCAAGGAAACCGGCGCCUGAGAAGCAAUCCUUCAGACUACGACAGGCCCAGGCGCACACCCUACGAUGCGGACCUUGACCGGUUAAUAAUGGAGGAUGGGGAGCGGCGCGGUCGACAAGGCCGCUGCGAAGACGAUCACAGUCAGAGAGAAGACGAAGUUCCUGUCCUUAACAACAUCUAUGAUGGCCAUGUGGCGGGCGUCAAGAAGUUUGGCGCGUUUGUGAACCUCCAAAUCGGCAUUGGAAACGUGACCGGCCUUGUUCACGCCUCGAAGCUGGCAGAGGGGCUAAACCAUCCAUCAAACUUGGUCGCGCGCGGCCCAAGCUCCGAGCGCCCAGUUCCGCCGCAGAACACCAGCGGAAGACGACAUCACCCGAGAGGGGGGGAGACCCAACAGCUCACUGCAGCUGGAGUUUUGAAAGCGUCAGACUUUCCAGGCCUUGAAGACCACAACGCAGCACUCGGAGUUGACGGCGGAAUGGGGCUAGGAGAAGACUUGGGCAUUGAGCUCAAAAGCGAAGAGCCGCCUUUCCUCAUCGGCCAGCCCACACAGUCUCUCGAACGUUUAUCCAUUCGCCUGAUCAAGACUCCUGACGGGACCAUGAGUCGGGCUGCUGUGUCCGGGUCUGUGUUGGCCAAAGAGAGGCCCGAGCUACAGCUGCAACGGGCUGCAAGAAAGAGCACCACUCCAUCCCCGCCCGCGCCAUGCACCACACCACGCCAGACACAUCCGUGA